GAGCUUGUCUCUCCAAGAAAUCGAUUAUGCAUUCUUUCUGAGACUGCACGUGGAGUUACAUUUAGAAGCCAGCGAAUGCUGGUAAAUGGGCAGAGAGCAAAGCCUCUGUUUUGUAAUUAUGGAACAAGGAGGUUCCUGCUUUGAGUCAGAACUUGAUUUUUGUCCUGAAUGUGGUACUGUCCUGCCCCUGCCAGGUAUCCAGGAUAAGGUGAUAUGUCCCUGUUGCUCUUUCAACAUUGAUGUGCAAGAUUUUGAAAAGAGAGUCAUCCAUACAUCUGUCACAUUCAACAAAAUAGAUUCCUCUUCUUUGACUGCAGAAGAAGGAAAAGAAGUUAAGGGUCCACUGAUUGACAGAAAAUGUCCUCGUUGUGGGCAUGAGGGCAUGGCUUACCAUACUCGACAGAUGAGAUCUGCAGAUGAAGGGCAGACAGUUUUCUACACCUGCAUCCAAUGCAAGUAA